AUGGAGAACAGCAGCAAGUUCGACAGCCCCACAAACAUCUCCCUGGCCAGCGGCGACGCCGUCUUUGAUGUGAUCGAAUACAAAGCCAUCUCGGUCUUCCUGGUGCUGGUGAUCUGCGGGGUGGGGAUCGUGGGCAACAUCAUGGUGGUGCUGGUGGUCCUCACCACCCGGGAGAUGAAGACGCCCACCAACUGCUACCUAGUUAGCCUGGCAGUGGCCGACCUGAUGGUCCUGGUGGCUGCUGGCUUGCCCAACAUCUCGGACAGCCUGGCGGGGACGUGGAUCUAUGGGCACGCCGGCUGCCUCGGGAUAACCUACUUCCAGUAUCUGGGCAUCAACGUCUCCUCCUGCUCCAUCACAGCCUUCACCGUGGAGAGGUACAUCGCCAUUUGCCACCCAAUGCGCGCCCACACCAUGUGCACGGUAUCCCGGGCCAAGCGCAUCAUUGCCGUCGUUUGGAGCUGCACCUCCAUCUACUGCACGCUCUGGUUCUUCCUGGUCGACAUCAAUGUCAACAAGAGCCAGCACCUGGAGUGUGGCUACAAGGUGUCCCGCACCCUCUACCUGCCCAUCUACCUGCUCGACUUUGCUCUCUUCUUUGUCACCCCCUUGUUUGUGGCCACCGUGCUCUACGGGCUGAUCGGGAGAAUCCUCUUCGCCAGCCCCAUCCCUGAGCCAGCCGACGCCACCGCUGAGCCCUGGAGAGAGAGGAGCGGGAAGGAGCAGAACGGCGUGGGCACACGGGGGAGCAAGCCCAGCAGCCGCUCCAGGACCAGAGGGGCUCUGUCCUCCCGGAAGCAGGUCACCAAGAUGCUGGCGGUGGUGGUGAUCCUUUUCGCCCUGCUCUGGAUGCCCUACCGGACGCUGGUGCUGGUGAACUCCUUCAUGGACAACCCCUUCCUGAACCCGUGGUUCAUCCUCUUCUGCCGGCUCUGCGUCUACGCCAACAGCGCCAUCAACCCCGUCAUCUACAACCUCAUGUCCCAGAAGUUCCGGGCCGCCUUCAAGCAGCUGUGCAAGUGUGGGGGGGAGCCGACGCCCCACAGCCUGUACAUGGCCACGGCCAGCUACAGCCUGGCGAGGGAGCCCCUGCCGCCCACCCCCCAGCCCCUGGACCACAAGGAAGGCAAACAGCCCCCAGCGGUGAGCAACACGGCUCUUCCCAAGCAGCAGCAGCCACCACCAUGGAGCAAGGGCGACAACGGGGACGAGCUGUACUGCAGUGUGGUGUAGACCCCCUCCAUCUCCAUGGCUCCCCUGUCUCCAUAUAUAGAUGUGCCCCGUGCACGGGGGAGGCUGGGCUCAAAAUCCAGAUCCGAUCUGCAUCGAUGUCCAGCGCUGGCACUCACAGAGCACAUGUGGGUGAGGGAAACUCCAGGGCGCACAGAGACCGAGAGGGCCAGCACGGAGGUGAUCAAACCAGACCCACUUUGUGCCUAGAUCCAGUCCCAGGCAGGGAUCACAGAUCCCGAAAGAGACGCGCUUGUUUUCCCGAGGGUUCGCUAGCACCUCUUUGAAGGCUGUGGCACUGUCAGAAGAGCUAUAAAAAUUGGAGUUCUACUGCUUCUCUGAGCUCAUCAGUGGCGCUUGGGUUCCUGUGUCCAGCCUUGGAGGAAGUCCUGAUACUGGAUGGGGGAAAAAAAUCCAUACAAAUCCGCAAACAGCAGGCAGUUAACAAUCCAGCAGCAGUGUUCCA